GCAGCGGGGGCGGAGGGGAGGCCCCGGGGCUGGGGGAGGCCACCCGCGGCGGGAAGGCGGUGGGAGCGGAGCAGCCCCGCAGCGCCGGGACACGGGCUGGUCCUGCGUGUCCGAGCGACGCGCCGCGAGGCCGCGCGGGCUGUUCCGUGCGGUGCGAGAGGUCGUGGGAAGCGCAAAGCGGGGAGUGAGAGAAUUGAGGUGGGGAUGCUAAUAGUGGGGAAGAGCCCCGGCUCUGAAGGAAUGCUCGUCUUGGGGCAGCAGAGGUGUGUUGACACUGACAUACUCCUAGGCUACAUUCCGUCACCCCAGCCCCCCCCCACCGCUGUCGAAUUAAAAGAGGAAAACGCGAGGCUGAAAAAAACAUUUAAAGUAAUGCUCUUCUAUAGCAACAGGGAAGGAAGGAUGUGAGCAGCGAGAGUCCAGAGAAAGUCUCUCAAUGCAGUUGAAGUAACGUGUAGCUCUGUAGAGUGAGCACUAAGCUGCACGCUCCUGCGAGCUAUUGAAAGUCAUUAGACAUCAUUAACAUCGUUAGACACCAUGAACACGGCCCUGCAUGCCCAAGGUUGCAGGGAGGCUGCAGUGCCAUGAUCCAGGCAGCCCUGCUGCCGGCAUAGGACUGGUGGAAUGAUUCCAUAAAAAACUGGGCAGUCGCCUUAGCAGUGAUGGUUGGACAGUAAGUUUCCAGAGCGAAACCAGCAUCCUUAAGGAGACUUGAGAUACAGGUGAAUGUUUCUCCUCAUCUGGGGAAGCCAACUGGAAACAAGAGAGACCUCAAAGUUCCUUUACAGAGUGGGGUGAAAUUGAGCAUAAGGAAGAUAUGGAAUGAACAUAUUUCUGUAGUGUCCUAUUGGUUAGUACCAACAUAGAAUGUAUUAGCACUUUAAAAACCCAGCAGAAAUUCACGGAGUAAGAAAACAGGGAGAAUUCUUACUGCAGUUCUUCUUUUGUCUUGCUGGUUUUGAUUUUGCUUGGGUACUAGCAACUGCCAUUUACGCUUUGGAGUUUUUUUGUUAUGCCAUUAGCUUGUCUUUCAAAUUCAGCUGACUGAAGUGGAAUAGAAUAAUCUCAUACAUAAUGGGGUACACUCGCCUGGCAGUGGAUUUCAAAAGAUAAGCAGAAGUUAAAAGAAUAUUCCUAGAUUGUAAUAGUUCUCUGUGGUAGUAAAAAGUUUGUAUUUGGUACUCAUGGGCCAGUAAAACGUCUUCUGAACUCUUUGUUGACUUCAGAGUAAUGUUAAUAUAAAAAUUAACAGUAGCUUCUACUCUCAGCUGUGUCCACCUAGAGCUGGCUUCUCUAUUUAUAAUUAGCAGUGUCAUCUGUGAGGCAUUAGUAGUCAAAUUUGUGUUUGGAUGCAUCAAUCUCUGAUCUUGACAUUAACUUUCAAUAUUACUUAUUUUCAUUUGUGACUGUUGUCCUGGAGUGGUGUUCUGUUGAUAUCAGGAAAGGUACUGUUAUAAUUUAAUAAACCUACUGACCAUUACAUUUACGUUUCAGAUGAAUAUUUAAAUCUUACUUUUCCAAGUGAUUCCAACAACUUUUAAGGACAGGUUAAGUCUAUUCCUGUAUUUGCAGAAAAUCUGAAAAUAAUAUUGUAACCUCCCCCAAUCAAAAAUUCUGCUGUUCUGAACCUGAAGUUAUUCAUAGGUGUACCAAAGACCAUUAGGUAACGCUACAAAGGUGCUGUUCAGAUUCCUAAGAAAGUAUUUAUGUCUGGAUUGAGAGUAAAGAGUAUGAAAUUAACAGACAGAUUUGUGAAAAAAGAGGGAAUAGUUGGCUGAGGAGUUUUAUUGGUUUUUAAUAGGUCAAAUGGUACUUACUAUGUUUUGGGAAAAAUUUACAAAUACUAAUUUUUUUUACAAAAACUAAAUUUUCUUCUGUAACUCUAUAAUAAAAAUCAUACAGAAGAGUUGUUACAUUCUGAAUGGAUUUUCCAGUGUUUUAAUGAAAAAUAUUUGAUACUAACACAUCUGAAAAGUUUGAUCUCCAUGUAUCUUGGUUCUUGGUAGUGCUUCCUUGGAAGAGCAGGUUUUCAUUUUACAGUAUGAACUGCAAAUGGAAUGUAAAAAAAUUCCUAGAAUACUCCAUUUAUAUGUGUGUGUUAGGUAGGGCAUUUUGAUUUUAUAGCAUUUCAGACAUGUUUUUACAAAUGCAAGAAGCAAGGCAGGUGAAAUAGAAGGCAGUAGAGAAUCAUUACAGACAUGAAUAAAUGGACUAUUUGAGGUAUGUGUAGGUUGAGAUGAAGAAGGAAAAAGUGUUGGCUCUGAAAACUGAUGUGUUCUGGAAGUUUUUUGUAUGACUUUCCAAUUAGAUAUUUAGCUUAUGGUUUAGCACACAGAGAAAAAAAAAUUAAAUUACCGAAUAUCAAAUGAUCAUUUCUACAAUGUUGACACAAGGAAUCUAGUUUAGUAUACCAAAUUGUCCAGGAUUGCAAAAGCUGGCAAUCUAGAUACAUGGCAAGUAGAAAUUUAAAAUACUCACUUUUGUCCUUAGGAAGAUAAAUUUUAAGAUAAUUAGUUGAAUAAUAAGACUUGUACUAAACCCACUUGGGUUUGUAUGCCUCUCAGCAUGGCAUUAGCAGCCUGAUACACUUAGCAAACAGUCUGUCAGAUGAUGUGUCUUUGAACUAAAACCAGCUGUCUCCAAUAAAGAAAGAGAAAAAACACAGGCAAGUUCCUGUGGGGCAGUUCACUGGGAGGUAGAGUUGACAUCAUUUAUUUCCUAUACUCAGGAAAUAACCCUAUCAAUAGCUCCUGUUGUGAAAUGUUUUUGAUGUGUGACAGUUGGUUUCUAAUACCACAUCACAUGAGCAAGUCAGAUGUAAUCUCAGACAUUGUCAAUGAGAAAAAGGAAUCAAUUAUGGAAUAGUGGCUGUGCUGGAAGAAAAGAAUUGUCAGUAUGCUUGCUGUAGACUCCAUACGCCAGAAACUAUCUACAGUUCCCAUCUGAGUUUUUAGAUACCCAACCAAAGCAGAUAACUGUAUCUGAACACUGUGAAUUUCAGGUUGCCAUUCCAAAUGAGUAAGUAUCACUUAUUGUAAGCCAAAUUAGUGUCAUGAACAAACCUGUCAUAAACUAUGAUUUUAACAUUUCAAGGCACAGAACAUUGCAUCUAGAUUUACAGCUGCUGAGAGUGAUCAAAUAAUCAAAAUAAUAUUCAUGAAUGUUUCUAUCACCAUUCUAUUGAUGAAUUCGAUUCUUGACAUCCAUGGCAUAUAAUGGGAAACAUCAGAGGUAUUUUUUGUGAAUCACAGUUUUGUUCCGAAUUCUGUGCGUUGAAAAUUCUCAGCCGUCAAAGUCUAUUAGAAAUUUUGACUAUUUGCAUAGAUAACACCUUUCCUGAUAGAAGCUGCAAGGUAAAAAUUUUACUUCCAAGCUUCAUCUGUAAUGUACUAAACUACAGUCUUGUUCAUAGUAUGUUUGGUUUGUCUUUGUGGUAAAGUUGUUGCUACUUUUUGUGUAAUUUGAUUUGCAGGGAUGUUGUUUGUGGAUUUGUGAUAAAAGUGUGCUAAGUGUAAUUAGAUGAGUUAGAGCAAGAGUGUAUGAUUUGUAUUACUUACCUUUGUGAUAGAGGCCCUAUUUUCCAGAACAGAUUACUUCCCAGUGUGAUAAAUAGAUAUGAUUUGUGCUAACUAAAUUGUAACUACAUCAAUAUUUUGGAAAAUAAUUGUUAUAAUGAAGGAAAAGUAUAUGUGAUUAGUGUUACAAAGCAGAUGGGCCCCAUUGCAAAUGGUACAUGUGACAAACAGGAUACAGGAUGUAGUAUUGAGAUAAGCAAGAUCCCAAAACAAAAUUGACCUUGGGAUGAACAAAGUUGGGACGAUUCCAGACAACAGAAUCAGUCUUGGGAUGAGCAAAGUUGGGAUGAUUCCAGGUAUGGAAUCCAAGUAGUGGUUUUAUCUAUGAAAUAAUAAGGCUUAUUUGGAACAUAAUGCUUACUUAGAAAACACAAAGCCCAGUGCAUGUGUACAAACUGUAAGACUGUUCAGAGGGCAGCGAGGAAGACAGUGAGCCUUCCUCUGAAAAGACCACCAAAAAGGCAGGAGACACCCUAGCAACAAUGGAGCAUGUGCUAUGCAGUGUAGUGAUGUAGAGUUCAAGAAUUGAUAAUAGGAGGAGAUUUCUGGAAAAUAUUGAUGAAUAUGUAUUAGCCUACAGUAUGUAAGUGUAGUUCGGGUUCCUUUGUUUGGUGCAUGAGGCAGGGUGAGGAGCCCUCCCCGUACCCUGGUUGGUUUUGCUUAUGCUUUAUAUGAACCUUAAUAAUAAUAAAUUAAUCACUGCCAAUUUUUUUAAUAUGCGUGAUUAUAUUUAACAUACUUGAUUGUAUUAAUUUAUAUUAAACUGCUGUUCAAUUAAAAUUGCUGCAAAAUUAAAUUUUGUUGAUUAUUAAAUUAGACAUAUAGAAUCUCAUUCAUAACACCACUAUUUUGGGUGAAUGAGCCGAUGUUCUAAAUGGCCAUUGCUGUUUGCUUAAUGAAUAUGGGUCAAACCUUUAUUUUGCCAGUUGGAUCAAACCCAUCUUAUACAUUGGCAUUCUUAACUUAAAGUAUUUGAGGGUAAAGGUCAUCAUAAAAUUUUUAAAGCUGAACAUUAAAGUUUGGAGCAGCAGAUGGAGUGUUUAGAAGGUAAAUCCUGAUUGAGAGUGUUGUAAUAUUUCAGCCUGUCUUACAAAAUUUCUGUCAGUAAUAUUCUUUAAGGUGCAUUUUACUUCCACAAGUUUAAAAAAAGGGUCUUUAAGAAGUGUAAUUUUUUUUUUACUGUAGUGAUAAGUUCCACUAGCACAGCUAUUUCUUCAUGACUUGAAGUCAGAAAUGGACAGUAGUAGUUCAAAACUCUACUCCAGACAUGGGAAAAAUAAGAAUAAACCUCAUUGUGUGGUACAGAUCUGAAUUUGAGAAAAAACAUCUUUUGAAAACAAAUUUUCACCAGACAGAAAAUUCAGUUGACAAAAAUUGUCAAAAUUCAAAUUCAACUGGCAAAUUAAUCAAUUUUUUCCAGAAUAUUUUUCAAUCAUAUUUUGCAUAUUUUUUCUCAAUGGGAUGAACUAGUAUAUUCAUAUAGUAACAGCCUGGCUAAUCUAAAUAAGUUUUGUCAGCAUUAAACCUGAUUAUUUUAUAUUAGCAGUUAUUUAAUGGUACUUAUUAUUGCAAUUAAAUCUUACUAUUUGAAAGAAAUCAAGAACACACUAAUUAUAAAGUGUGAACACUCUAUAUGAGCUGUAACUGAAGGGAAAAACUCUCUUAUUUUCUAUUUGUUACUCCAUUAUUUUCUACUUGUUUUAUUCAGAACUUUUCAAUAAUUUUGAAGUAAUGUUAAUUAUUGAGUGGAUUUAAUCACUAUUAAAAAAAAAUCUGUUCACAUAAACAGUGUUUUAGGUACUUCACUGUUGUCUACCAAAUUGUGUUCCUCAUGCAUUCAUUUGCUUAUAAAGCCUUACCAUGAAACUGAGACUCUCUUGCUGUGAUUUAAAUAUGAGCUUAGUAAGGAGGUCAGAUGCAGCUGUGCUGUGAAGUCGGUGUCUGACAUACAACCCAGAAAGCAAAGUCCUCCUCUGCACAGAACCUCGGCAGCACAGCCUUCCCCUUCAGCUGUGCCAGGUCCCUCCGUGGCGUGCUGGGGAAUUCCAUCCAGGCUUCAGGGAGUCCUUCGGGGUGACCCUGAGCGGCUCCCCUGCUGGCAGAGCAGAAGGCAUGGGCUGCAUUCUCGGUGAAAGGCUCAGGAUGCACAGCAGGUUCAAGCUGGGAGGGAGUGAGAGGGAUCCUCUGCCUCCUGCUGAGGAGCUACUGGUGCUCCUGCCUUCCUGAUCUGGACAGACAUUUCCUGCAGUAGUGUUGGCACCAGAGAAUAUAAGAUGACUUAAACCUGAAAUAUUAUGACAAAAUUUUACUCAUUCUUAAAUUUUUAAAGUUAAUCAACUAAAAAAUACAUAAAAAUAAUAUAUAAUGUAAUGUGUAACUGAAAUGGAUGAGAAAUGCCUUCUAAUUGGUGGUUUUUUCUCUUGUAGAUGACAGUCAUGUCCCAUUCAAAGGACCUCAAGGACGACUUCCACAGUGACACUGUACUUUCCAUUUUAAAUGAACAGCGCAUUCGGGGUAUUUUAUGCGAUGUCACCAUAAUUGUGGAAGAUACCAAAUUUAAAGCCCAUAGUAAUGUGCUGGCAGCUUCAAGCCUUUACUUUAAAAACAUUUUUUGGAGUCGUACUAUCUGUAUUUCAGGUCACGUACUGGAGUUAGAUGAUCUCAAAGCUGAAGUGUUUACAGAGAUACUGAACUACAUCUACAGUUCCACAGUAGUUGUUAAGAGGCAGGAAACUGUAACGGACCUUGCAGCUGCAGGGAAAAAACUGGGAAUAUCAUUUCUGGAAGAUCUUACAGAUGUAAAUUUUUCAAGUUCCCCCUGUCCCUAUUCAUACUGUGUUAAUGAAAAAGGGACUGUCAAAGAGGAAAAACAUGAAAAGCGACAUGAAGAUUCUGCUGUGACAAAUGGACCACGAAUUACAAAUGCAUUCUCAAUUUUUGAAACAGAAAACAAUUUGUUUUCUCCCCUUGAUUUGAGGGCGAGCUUUAAAAAGGUGUCUGACACAAUACAAGCUCCCAGCAUUGGCCUCGACAGAAGCAAUGUGUGCAAAGAUGCUGAGCCAGCCAGUACCUUGGCUGAACACUCCUAUGCAGUUUCUUCUGGGGGAGAUACUUCACAAGGAGCACCUUUUGUUGACCAGGACAGCAGUCCUUCAUACCAGGUGGGUGAGGACCACUAUGAAAAUCACCGAGCCACCCCAGUCAUUCAGCAGGGAAAGCAAGCAGGUAGUACUCCUAAGUCAGCCUUUAAACCCCAUGGCACUGGUUUGGCUGUAGCAAAAGUACCAGCCUCCACUGUAACCACUGCAGAAGCCCAGCACAAAGCAGUUAGUGAUCAGGCAAUUACUUCCUUUCCAAAACCUCAAGAUAAAACAGGAGAUUUACAUGUAUCCAGAGAAGAGGGAAAUACUUCUGCUAAUGUCUCUGCAUCUGGGGCGACAGCCACUCCACCUGUUUACACUUGUAACUAUUGUGCAAAAUCAUUCAGUGACCGCGUGUUACUCACUGCUCACCUUCAGCUCCACUCAGAGCAUCAGGAAACUUUCAUAUGCAAAUACUGCAACAAACAGUUUGCAAAUCUAAAUAUACUGGAAAGUCAUGAACAAGUCUGCACGAGAUCAAGUAACUUAUCGGCUCACAAUGGAAAUGAACAAAAUUUUGCAGAUAACUGUACUACUACAGAGGGACGGAACGGAAGCUCCUGUGCGAACACAGAGCCUCUGUUGUCUGAAAACAGCAUCACUGAUUGUUCUAAUGCAAACUGCACUUUACCAGAAACGGAUCAUUUGGUUAAAGUCGUUGAUGGGCAGAUAUUAUACACUUGCGUUGUUUGCAAGCGUAGUUAUGUCACAUUGUCCAGCCUUCGAAGACAUGCAAAUGUGCAUUCCUGGAGGAGAACAUACCCCUGUCACUACUGCAAUAAAGUCUUCGCGUUAGCUGAGUACCGCACCCGACACGAGAUCUGGCACACUGGAGAGAGGCGCUACCAGUGCAUUUUCUGUCUGGAGACCUUCAUGACUUACUAUAUACUGAAAAAUCACCAGAAGUCUUUCCAUGCAAUUGACCAUCGCCUGUCAGUAAAUAAAAAGACGGCCAAUGGGGGUUUAAAACCAAACAUGUACCCAUACAAACUGUAUCGACUCUUACCUAUGAAAUGCAGGCGACUGCCUUAUAAAUCCUAUCGAAAUUCUUCCUAUGAAAAUGUUCCAGCAACUACCCAGGCUAAUGAAACUCCUUCUACUAACUGUUUCAUUCCGAGCUCUCUUAGCUCUGAGCUGCCACCACUGAAUUUUCAACAUAGUAUAAUAUCAAACAACAGAACUCUGGCCUUGGAUACAUCUUCAUGUAAUAAUACAGCAUCUUCCACAAAUACUCAGAAUUCUUUCUCUGGAGGAGUAGGUAUCUUAAAUUCUGACCUGCAGAGGGACUUUUUCCCAGCUGAAAAAAGAGUUUCUACUGCUGCAAAUGACUCAGGUUCACAGGAGUGUGAUUCCUCAGUUGUGUCUUUAGCUAAUGUAAAUGAAAAGUCAACCUCUGUCAUCAGUUACAGCAGCUCUGCACCCUCUGUUAUAAUGCACAGUAGCAGAGUUUCAUCAGUAAUAAUGCACAGUAAAACAGUCACUUCAAUAGAGAACAGUAAGACAGAAUCUUCAAAUAACCUACCCAGUCAGUCAGUGAGUGAUGACUGUAAGUAUGGGUCGGAUAGUUAUGGGAAAUGCAUUACAAAAUCAAAAACUAUUAAGGAGAAAAAGAAAACACUGCUGUACAGCAGAGCAGAAGCAACUGAGGAUACACAGCACAUGACAGGAUCUGAAGGUUCAUGUAGCAAAACUACAAAUACUGUCCAAGAGUCCAGUAAAACUGAAACGUACAUUGCAAAGCCUGCCUUACCUGGAACAUCUGCUGACAGCAAUGUUGCGCCUCUUUGUCAGAUAACAGUAAAAAUCGGUAAUGAAGCCAUUGUAAAAAGACAUAUAUUAGGAUCUAAGCUGUUCUGUAAAAGGGGUCGAAAAUCCAAACACGAAUCCAAACAGGACAAUCUCAUUGAAGAACCAGAAAUGGAGGUAAAAGAAAAAAGCCCAUCUAGACUCUACAGCUCAGAAUGCCUAGAGCUGACAGAAAUGGGUGAUGAUGUUAGUGACCAGGACUCCAGUGAUAAACCCUGGAGACCUUAUUAUAAUUAUAAACCAAAAAAGAAAUCCAAACAGCUAAGAAAAAUGAAAAAGACCAAGUGGAGGAAAAAGCAUGGAAGCAAGAACACUGGUAUGGAAAGCCACAACACAAGCAGUCGAGAGUAUGCACUCAGGAAUGCUCCUGAGGAAAAGGUGGUCAGCCAGGAGGAGAACACAGAAAUGCCUAAUCUUCACUGUGAGCUCUGUGAAAGAGACCAGUCUUCCACAGCAGAAGCUCAAGAACACGUACACUGGCAUGUAGCUGCUUCAAAGCCUUACAUUUGUGAGUUAUGCCAAAAACAAUUUCAAAGUCCAUCCACUUUAAAAAUGCAUAUGAGGUGUCACACUGGGGAAAAGCCCUACACUUGCAAAACCUGCGGUAAAUGUUUCUCAGUUCUUGGUAAUCUACAGAAACACGAACGUAUUCACCUGGGUGUCAAAGAUUUUGUCUGCCAAUACUGUAAUAAGGCAUUCACUUUAAAUGAAACACUUAAAAUACAUGAAAGAAUUCAUACUGGAGAAAAACGCUACCACUGUCAGUUUUGCUUUCAGAGCUUCUUGUAUCUUUCUACCAAAAGGAACCACGAGCAAAGGCACGUACGCGAACACAAUGGAAAAGGAUACGCUUGCUUUCAGUGCCCCAAAAUUUGCAAGACUGCAGCUGCUCUGGGAAUGCACCAGAAGAAACAUCUAUUCAAGAGUCCAGGCACACAAGAUAGAAAAGAGCAGUUUUGCAGUGAAAGCAGUAAACUUUUGGAAAAUCCACAUUUCCUUGGCUCAGAAGGAAGCGAAGUGAAAAAUAAACAAAAUGUAACUCCAGAAGUUAUACUGUGAGUGACAAUUGUGCAAAAGAGAAAAAAAAUCCAAAACUAUAUAUUGGAAAGAUAAAGAUGUAUUGAAUGGGGAAACGUAUCAGUAAGGUCAAAUUUCUUCCGUCAAUAUAUGCAAAAGAAAAAAUAACACAGAAAAACUAGUAUUUGCAAUAAUACAAAUUUAAUUUGGAACACCCAAAAUACUUUUGCCACAACAGACUCUAGCAUAGAGAAAAAGAAAAAUGGCCAACUCAGACCCUUCUACUUAACAUUACAAGAAAGUAGUCACUGAACUAUUUUACAGUUCUGGUUUUGAAUCAGAAUUGUUGGAAGCAAAAGUAAUAAGUAGGUUCAUUGUGUAUUCUGUAGAAGGAUUUUUUGCUGCAGAAACCAUACAUUGCUUUUUUUUUUUUUUUACAACAGUAAUGUGUUUAUAAAGGAAAUAAUUGUAAUCUUGUGUAUUCUAAAGUGAAGGUGGGAAGUGUUUCGUGGGCUUGGGUGUGCCGAAGUACAUUUGAGUACUGCCAUGCUUUUCUGUAACUCAGCCUUUAUGAAACAUUCAGGAGUUUAAACUACUCUUUUCCUUUCCGUAUUCAGUUUUGUAGUUAUCAUAAUAACUGUUAAGUCUGAGUGGAGGUGUGAGAAGUAUUCCCAAUUUAUAUAUCUCCGAGACAUUUAAUAAAAGUUCAGUGGAACUUGCUAUAGCCAGUCUUCCAAACUGCAUAAAUCCCCAUGCCAGUGGCCUGGUGAACUCUUCAGGUGCAUUGGUCUAAAGAAAAUUGUUCUUAUGAAACAAAGAAGUCCUGUGUAGAAAUGUCCACCUCUUGGUGGGUCUGCAACUCUUGUCUUUUAGAAAUAUAGUUUUUCCAACAGAAGGACAUACAGACAGUUUCCCUUCUCUUCCUGGAAUAAUGCCUGGACACAAACAGUAGAGCAACUCCCCAUAAAUACUUUGAGUUUGAGAGGAGUAGGUAAAUAAGACUCUUGCUUCCAUAUAUAUCCCUGAGGCUAUCGGUGUGUAUAAACAAGUAUAGAGCCAGUUUGUGGGGUUCCCUGUGAUCUCCAUGCCUUAAAUGCAACAUUUAACCUUCAGAUGUCCCUUCUCAGUGACCCCAGUGACCAUUCCAGCAGCGACGGGCCAGGAGCGGGCUGCUGCAGGGAGGAGUGUCAGCCUUCUGCCUCCCUCACCCUGCCGCUCCGAAGGGUGGUGGGGAGCCUGCAGUGCACAGCUCACUGCGAGCUGCGAGAAUGGGCUUCUGAAAGGCACCACCAAAAUGUUCCAGUUAGUACUGUGUUGUGGAAGUGUGAUUCAUUUUAACGGAGAUGCUUUAAAAAGUCCAAGCAGGUGUAUGUCUGCAAGUUGCAUUUUAUAUGAUAGGGUUCUGUUGUACCGUAUCUGCAUUUCUGGUAGUCAUGUUCAUCCCUGUGAAGUGUUAAAAAAUUAGGUCAUGACAAGGGUUAGUGAUUCUUGACUUCAUUCUCUGUGAUGGUUCACAAUUUGUUACUUAACUUUGUCUUCUUGAAUAUUUUAAAAGAAACUAUAGCUUGGGUACAAUAAAACUACAAUGGAAAUGAUAAUACAGUAUUGAUUGAAGUAAUAAUACAGUCCACUUGCUUAUUCUGUCACUGGUGAAUGCUAUGAACCCUUUGAGAAACUGGUUUCAUGGCAGCUUUGGUUCCAUUUAAAUAAGGAUAAUAGAAUAAUAAACACAGGAAAGUAUAAAGAUGUUUCAAAGAAAGUACACAAAGAUAUCUUCUAAGUGGACUUGUAUGGUGAUAAAUAUAGACCAAAGCAAAUAAGGUAGAAUAUUUAUAAAUACAAAGAUAAUUUUACAAAUAUUUUAUAUAACUGUAUAGUUCAUAAGAAAAAUAUUGUUAGCUUGUGUUAGGUUUGGGGGGGGUUUGUAUAUUUUGAUAAAAACACAACAACUUUGUAACUCUGUAUAUUCUCUACAGUUUAUAGCAAAGCAGUUUUAAGAUGGCAAUGUCAUGUUUAUAGUUCAAUUGUGGCACUUUUACUACAAGUAACAUGUUGCAGUAAUGGAUCAAGUAUUAAUGACCAAAUUAGAAUUAAAGUAAGUGUAAGAGAACGUAAAUACUAUACGUUGUCAAAGACUGUAAUUUGCUACAUAAUCACAUCUGUAUUUUUGUUUAGAAGAAAAUAUUAAAUGCAGAUGUUAAGGAUUGAUAAAGAGUCUAAUUUUAUUUUUAGAAAGAGUGAUUAUAACUCUGUUUUUGCUUAAUUAAAAUAACAUAUUCCUA